AGUCCCCAUCCAUCCUCCCUGCAACUUCAACUUUUAGCUUCCAUUGCCUAAUUAGUAGUUUCCUUUAUUCUUCCCCUUACCUGUUUAGAUUUCUAAAUUGUUAUUUGAGCCCCUGUUUUUGAUCCAUACUCUUGACUUCAAUCCAACAGAAUCCUAGGUUCUCUGUUACAACAAACCAUGCGCUGAUCCUCCCCCAAUAUUUCUCAGAUGGGGUUGUUCAAAGGUUUGGUUUUUACUCUGGCCCUGUUGCUGAUCAUGGCGGUGGUCACCGGAAUUGGAGUAAACUGGGGUACUCAGGCAACACACCCUCUUCCUCCUUCUACGGUGGUCAGGAUGAUCACAGACAACGGAAUCCAAAAAGUCAAGCUUUUCGACGCCGAUUCCUCCAUACUCAAUGCUCUUAGCAACUCUGGGGUUCAGGUCAUGGUUGGUAUUCCCAACGACAUGCUCUCUACUCUUGCCAACAGCGUUCAAGCAGCUGAAAAUUGGGUCGCCACCAAUGUUUCCACACAUGUCUCCUCCAACGGUGUCGAUAUCCGAUAUGUUGCUGUUGGGAACGAGCCAUUCCUCGAGACAUAUAAUGGAAGCUACAUCGGACUUAUUCUGCCUGCUCUUCAGAACAUCCAGGCUGCUCUGAUUAAGGCUGGUUUAGGUGCUCAGGUGAAUGUGACUGUUCCCUUCAAUGCUGAUGUCUACCAGAGUUCAACCAAUAUUCCUUCUGGAGGCGAUUUCCGCUCCGACAUUAAGGACACCAUGUUGCAGAUUGUUCAGUUUCUAAGCAACAAUGGAAAUCCUUUCACAGCAAACAUCUACCCUUUUAUAAGCCUUUAUGACAACCCCAACUUCCCCAUCGACUAUGCCUUCUUUGACAACUAUUCGUCUCCUAUUAAUGAUAGUGGAAGAAUUUACAAGAAUGUUUUUGAUGCAAACCACGACACGCUUGUAUGGGCCUUGCAGAAGAAUGGCUAUGGAAACGUGUCUAUAAUUGUUGGAGAAAUUGGUUGGCCAACUGAUGGGGACAAAAAUGCAAACUUGAAUUACUCUCAGAGGUUUAACCAGGAGUUUGUGUCCCGUGUCGUGGCCGGAACAGGAACUCCGAUGAGACCAGGCCCCGUAGACGCAUAUCUGUUUAGCCUGAUUGAUGAAGAUGCCAAAAGCAUUCAGCCUGGUAAUUUCGAGCGCCACUGGGGCUUAUUCUAUUUCGACGGGCAGCCAAAGUAUCAGCUGAAUCUAGGGACGACAAACUCGAAUCGUUUGAUAGCAGCAAAAGGUGUCCAAUAUCUGCCACAGAAGUGGUGUGUCUUGUUCCCGUCUGCCAGUGUUGAUGACCCACAAGUGGCGCCGAGUGUGAGUUAUGCGUGUGCAAAUGCUGAUUGCACGAGUCUUGGCUACGAGACUUCGUGUGGGAACUUAGACGCUCGCGGGAACAUCUCGUAUGCGUUUAACGAGUACUACCAGAUUAAUAAUCAGCUUGAUUCUGCCUGCAAGUUCCCAAACCUCUCCGUUGUCACAACUCAAGAUCCCUCUGUUGGAACCUGCAAGUUCAUAAUCAUGAUUAAAACCGACACUGCAAGUGCGGUAGGAAAAACCUCUGGAUCCCUGAGAAACCCAGUUGGUCUGAUGUUCGUGCUCAUGUCUGCACUUCUCUACAGCAUUACGUGAAUAUACAGGGUUGAUUUUUUCGAUUGGAAUGUAUAGAGAACACUCAUUUGAUGAGUCACUUAUGCUAGUAUGUUUUUUUUAAUAAAAAUACUUAAUUCAU